AGGAACCAGUUUUGUUUGCGACUUCGGUUUUGGAAAAUAUUCGGUAUGGGAAGCCCAGCGCGACAGAUGAACAGGUAUGCUAUUGUAAUCUAUCGAGUUUUGAGUUCUUAAAAUAUAGUAUUAGUCUUUAAAUCAAAAUCAAAAUGCAUAAUUUUGACACAAUCCUAUCUGCUUCGUGUCGUACCGCGCUUAAAAAUCAAGACCAUGUUCAAAAACAGCUAUCCUAUUCAGAAAGGCGAACCUUUUAAAAUUUCUGAUUUAUUUCGCCAUAUCGAAUACGAGUACCUUGAAUUACAUGCAGUAUUGUUUGCUCGCGCAUGACGUCACUACGAGUCAUUAGGCGCCAACUUGGUUGAUUUUGAACUUUUGUUAGGCCGUUUGCAGCGAAGUAGUUGAGUUAGUUUAACAUUUUCUGGUUUGUUUUGAAAACAUGUUACUGUAUUAUGGAUAGUUUACGAUCUUUGGCUCAAUACGACAAAGAAUGAAGAAUAUGAAUUUUAUAGUUGCCACUUGUGUUCAGUUGAAAGUCAACCAAUAUGGCGUCGAUUGCAAACGGGCAAUUGCACUAUUGGAGUAAAACUACUUCGAAGAGGUUUUGGAAUGUAUAUUUCACAAGUCAGAUAGGCGAAGAUUUUUGCUUUAUAGUCUAACUGAACUUAAUUAAACAGCAAAAUAUUAGACUGGUCAUGAAUUUGACUGAUUUAUAAAACCCAUCUCAUUAAAAUAUUCUGCUUGCAAAAUCGGAUUACUGAAUUCAAUGGGAUGCUUGUCCAGUCUUAUUUCAGACCAGUGUUCUGAAUUCAUUGUUUAAAAUGUCGUUGGGUGACGGGGGUUGGGGGGGGGGGGCAAGGGGCCCCGCGCUGCCCCGCGAAACGAUAAUCCGGCCCUCAGGAAUUGCUUUUUCAUUUAGGUCUACAAAGCGGCGAUGCAGGCUAAUGCCCAUGACUUCAUCAAGAAAUUCCCCGAAGGAUAUGAGACGGUUUUAGGGGAACGUGGUGUGACAGUCUCUGGUGGACAAAGGCAAAGGUAGUGUACAUGUAGGGGUAUUGAGGGACAUUAUUUAUGCCGGGGGAGGGGGUGGCACCAAAGAGAAUUUUUUUUCUUGAGAAUCAAUUUUGCUGAACCAACCAUUAAAAAGUCAAAAACAAUUUUUACCCAACCUCAAAUAUCAAUAAAAAAAUAAACACCCACCUCUAGCAAAAACUUUACAAAAGGAUAGCGUUGUGCAAUUUUCUGCAGUCUAAAGUUUCAUGUUGUCUGCACAUGUACUUACUUUGGAGACACCAUUUGCGUCCUGACAAAUCGGAAAAUUAUCAAGAUAGUGACUCUGAUUGAUUUAUAUAUUGUAUUGACAUAUGACUGUUGACAUUGCUUCUUAGUAUUGCCUCAAAUUUCCAUUUUUCACAAACGUUUUCCUCUAAGUGAAACACUUACAAACAUGAUCCAAUAAAAAAGUUUAGGGUCGGGGGAUUUCGGCGUCCAAAAGCUAGGUAGGGUCGGGAAACCGGAAACCCCCAUAUAUCUUUUCGGCCCAAUUAAACGUCGUUUGUUUCAGGAUUGCAAUAGCAAGAGCUUUAUUGAAGAACCCGAAGAUACUGAUACUGGAUGAGGCGACGAGGUAUUGCUUAUGUUACUAUAGAUACCCUAAGAUGUAGGACGGCAAAGCGACAACGUCGGCCAAAACAAAUUCACCCAAAUAAAUGUUGUAAAGAAAUCUUAUCGUAUAUUAUCAAUCGCAUGAAUUUAAAACAGUUGAUUGAGUAGAAUUCCACGUUGGUACUGAACCAAUUUGCCGAGUAUCCACUUCUUGCGAAGUAUAAUGCAAACGUUAUACAUAAGACGUGAAAGCUCUGGUUCACGGCGUUUACCCGUUGUAAACACACCUUGGACGAUGUAUAAAUCUCCCGUGGGAUUUUAAUUAUUCAUUUUUUUUCUUACUGUCGUUCCAAUUGAAGUGUUGCUCAAAUAUUGAUUCAAUACAUUACCUUGGGCUGACCAAUUCAUUUCAUCAAGUUCCUCGAGAUAUUCAUACACUUCCUAUAUAGUAUAAUUGUAAACUUCCUGUUCAAUAGUUUGAAUGCACCAAUCACCUUUGUCGUUUGUGCAACUAACCAAUCAUAAAUAGAAAGGAAGUGACCAGAAAUGAUCAAAUACUUGAAAUUGGCUCUUUCACAGGAAGUGUAUGAAUAUCUCGAGGAACUUGAUCAAAUGAAUUGGUCAGCCCGAGGUAAUGUAUUGAAUCAAUAUUUGAGCAACACUUCAAUUGGAACGACAGUAAAUAUUAUUAGUUUCAUUGGAUUACCAGCCGUCGUCCUCACAUUGCCGUCCCAGAUCUUAAAAGGUCUCUAUUAGAGAGGUUAAGAUACCCCGGUUUACGGGUACAGGUGAUAUACAAGUACCUGUACCCGUAAAUCGGGGAACGACUUGUAAGUUUUAAGAAAUCCAAGAUAUUCCGGCGUGAGAAAACCGAUCAGAGAAUGGUAACUUUCGUUGUCGAGGUUCGCUAUAGAUUGUUGAAAAUUUUGACGAGCAUAUGUGCAUUAUUUAUUUGGGUAAGAUGUUGAAAAUGUUUACUAUUUAAACGGCACACAAAUAGUAAAUAGAAAAUACCCGUACCCGUUUGUCUUUUACGUGCAGACCAUGGUUUACCGCGGGGAAACGGGUAGAAAUUACGGGUAAAAAUGCUGACAUCAGCAAAAAUUGGUAAACAAAAUGGCGUUACUCGUACCCAUAAAAUGGAACCGGGGUAUCUUAACCUUUCUAUUAUGCUCUCUGUACGUUGUUCGCCUUUGUUCUCGGUUAUGUAUUUUCAUCAACGCGUCAGUGCUUAGAGCGCGUAUCGUUACAAAUUGUUCUUCUUGUUCUAGUGCACUUGACGCGGAGUCUGAAAGAGUCGUUCAAGAGGCAUUGGAUGAAUUGACAGAAGGACGAACAGUUCUAGUGAUCGCUCAUCGUUUAAGUACUAUACAAGAAGCAGGUAAUGAAAAGGCUGAAGGUCUGAAAAGUCUGAGAUGUUUGAAAAGGCUGAGGGUCUGAAACCCUGAGGGUUUGAAAAGGCUCGAGGGUUGAAAAGGCUGAAGGUUUGAAAAGGCUGAAGGUUUGAAAAGGCUGAGGUGUUUAAAAUGGCUGAGGGUUUGAAAAGGCUGAGGGUCUUGGAAAACUCUCAUGUAAACUCUCGCUUGUCAACUCUCAUGCAACUCUUGUUCUAGUUUGAUCAAGCAAUGAAAGUUGGGAAAACUCUCAUGUAAACUCUCGCUUCUCAACUCUCAUGCAACUCUUGUUCUCGUUUGAUGAAGCAAUGAAAGUUGAGAAAACUCUCAUGUAAACUACAUGAAAGUAAUGAAAGUAAUUUCAACUUUUAGACUCGAUAGCUGUAUUGUCUGAGGGAAAAAUCAAAGAACUUGGCAGUCAUGCAGAACUGAUAAGACAGAAAGGCCUUUAUGCUGAACUUGUGAGAAGACAGACAAUCUUGCUACAUCAUCAUCACUAUCAAUAAAAGACUAUAUUCAACAUUAGGUAGGCUUGAUUACAUAUAUAUUGUGUCUUGAUUUUACAUUUUGGGUAUGCCUCGUCAUGAGGCCCUAUGUUCAACUAUUUUCAUAUCUGAAGGGGCGGAUCUAGCCUAAUCUGCAAGGAGGGGUGCAGGUUUUCCAUGGGGUGGUGCAUGAGGGAGCCUUACAGCCCACUCUCUUCUGCAGUCUGCAACGCUACUAUCCCAACAUUACCAUUAUUUGAGAUGGCUGAAUCUGCAUGUUCGCCGUUCUGUUACGUUUUACAUUAUCUUUUGUUUAUAAAGUUUAUAUCAAUUUUUAUCACGUAUGCGUGACUGGACAGUUACUACACGCACAGUACAAUAAAUCUGCUUGUUAAAGUACAGUAUAUUUGAAAAUAUGGCUGUAUAACAACCUCGACAUGUUACCAAUUUAACCAUGAUAUUGAACUAAAGCAUUCCAAGUAUUUUCUCGUGAGCUCACAAAUCAAUGAAAUCGUUUCAAGAAAUCGACACGCGCUUACUGCAACACUGGAAGUUUCGCUAAACGCUAUUCGAAAAGCAGAAAAUGGAUGGUCGAGCAGAUUUUUAAGAUCCGUCCUUGUUUUAUUGGUAACAGAUCAGUCAUUGGGUGCAGGGUCAUUCCCACUUUCUAUGAAGAGGCUUUGUGAUUAAAUAUCGAUUUGAAUUUGUGCGAAGCUUGAUUUUGCGAGACUUGCUUGCAGAAAAACAGAGGCUCCGCUUACAACAGACACCAAUUAAUAAAAUAAAAUAAGAAUAUUAAAAUAUUUAAAUCAGCUUUUAUUAAAAUUUAACUGUAACUUUGCAAAAUGCUUACAAAAAGUUUGUUUAACAAAAUCGUGUAUAUUAUUAAUUCGAACAUUACAUAUAAUUGAUUUAAAUUGUAUUUGAUACAAUCUAUAUAUAUUCGAUAGUUAUCAUAUUAUCACACAAAUGCUAUAUUUAAAAAGUGCUUUUACAUUGAACACAAAUAUAUAUCAAAGAAAAAUAAAACUAUAAAGUUGAAUUCACUUUCCUAGCUAUAUAAUCAAAACAUUAUAUUGAAUCUUAUUUUUUAUGGCAAACAUAAUCGUUCCUGGUCUUUUAAAAACUAUACUUUAAGUUUCUAUGUACAAUUUUCAGUGCUAUUGGCAUUUCUUACGCAGCAAUCUCCAAUGAGGACGUCCAUGUUUUUGUUAACCUUUAUGAUUGCCCGAUUGCUUCUUGUUGUUUCGUCUAAAUUUGAAUAAAAGAAAUAAUUGGUUAAGGCGUUGACCAAACCACCCAUUGAUGUCAGGAAGUGGUGUUUGACCAGAGUUUCAAAAAGUGUUCGACUUUCCUUGGGGUUGAUAAUAAUAAUCGUUUUAUUGACAACCAAUUUUGCAGUUAAAACUGAAUUACACUGGUUUUACAACUGUAAGAUACUAUAAAUAAGAAUAUGUAGUAACAUAUGAUUUAAGAAUAUUAAAAGUAGAAGUUACAAUGGUUUAUCAACUAUGAAAUACUGUAUAACUAGAGUGAUGUAAUAACAUACGAUUUAAGAAUAUUAAAAGUUAAGAGUCAAAAAUGUUUCGUGUCAUAGAAUGAUGCUACAGACGGUAUGAAACUCUUAUGGUAUAAGCGAUCAGUUCUACAAACUGGAACCUUAAAACUCCUAUUAUGGCGUAGAUUGUGUUCGUUAAUCCUAAGAGCUGGAACGAGCGAGUUUAAUUUGUGCCCUGGAUCAAGUUUUGAAACCUCAAAAUUAUGUGAAUUGUGGCUUUCUCAAAUCGCAAAAUAUACAAGCAUAUACCCACAGCUUUUUCGCAACUCUGUUUUUGACCAUAUAGGAAAAUAUUCCAAAAAUUUUGAGAAACAUAAUUUAACUACCUUUAAUAGUACUUUACUGUUGUUCAUGUUUUUCUACCUGGCAAAUUAGUCAAAUUACCCGUACUAUUUCAAAAAUAUUCGCAUUUCCUUAGACCACAACCACAAAUGCUUUUUGAAUGUUUUUUGUGCCAGAAUUGUCUGGCUGUUUGAAAAUUUACGGAGUUGGGUGACUUGUGUCGCUACUGUGCAAAAUUGCAUUAAUGGUUUUGAUGAACGCACGCACUGUAAAUUGGGAGUUUAUUUACAGUGAAAUAAAUUGGGAGAUAUUUUGGGCUUGGAAGCCUUCUGCGAGGGAGAAAAUAUUUUAUCAAGGUCAGACAGCUUCGUGCAGUCAUAUAUACCUCGGGUAUAUACUUACUUCUUCGAUGGGCAUUUGUGUUUCCUUAGUGCCUUCUUCAUAUCAGCUUUGCUCGACGUGAUAUAGAUUUUCUUUAUCACCAUAUCGAUCUGCUUCUUUCCCUUGAAAAAUAAAAUAAUAGUUAUAUUUACUAUAUACUAUCGAGUAGAGUUGCUGAUAAAAUAUUGAUAUGUAUGUUUAAGAAUGAAGGAAAUGGCGUACGUUCCUCUCAAAAUCACUUUGUUUUUGCUUUGUUUUGUAUGUUUUCUGGCGGUUGGACAACACCGAGUAAUAGUUGAAUAUUGUCAAUUUAAGUACAAUUAUUAUUGAUGCUGCAAAAUUGACGCCAUAUUUAUACAGCCAUAUUAGCAAAACCUACUGAACUUCAGACAUCAUUUUCUCUUUGGCGUACCAUCUAAAAUCUCUUCAUUUUAGCAUCACUUUACAGAUAAAGCACUAAACAUACUUUUUAAGUUUGUUUGCCGCUCGAGAAACGUAUAAAAAAUUUAAAAAUUUGAAUAUAGUGGAGAAGUAUGUUCGUUAGUUUUGAGGGCGUGUUACGUAACAUACAAAAUAUUAUCCUCUUAGUAAAGAUUCUAGACUUCAAAAAUGAUUCAGUGUGGGUUUUUUUUGGUAUGAGAGAUGGUCGAAUGGCUCUUUGUUUAUCGUAUUACCUUCUUGGCCAAAAUCAAAACUUCGCCAUCGCUUUUUUUUAUUUUCUUUUUGCAGGAUUUUUCCAACAGCAAAUGUGUUACAGGGGGAAGCUGUCUCGACGUACACGGAGACUGGAACAGGACUUUAAUCAAUAGCGUCCAGUUUGUACCAUUUCGCUUAGACUGUUCGAACUUCGCACGGAAAACUAUAUAGAAGAAUAUGUAAAACAACGUAUAAAUAGAGAAUAAUAAUACAUGCAUGGUGCG